GUAGAGUAGGAGGCGCAGGUCAGUCUGGCAGUGGCGGGCUGGUGCGCUGGAACCCGCCGUGCUGUUCUCGCUCGGCUCACUCACAGACACACUCACACUCUCUUACUUUCUCAACCAGAAUCCUGGAGAGGGAGCAAGAGAGAGGGGUGGGCGAGACCUAAUAAGAAAGAUAAUAAGAGUGUAUACAAGUGCGUGCGACUGUGAAGCAAUACGAUAUAGAGAAACUGAUAUAUUUGUAUUGACACGGAAAAAUAUAUUCAUGCAACAGAGGAAGAAAGAGAAAGAUCUGCCAGAAUACCACGUUAUAGAAAGAAACGAAGAAAAGCAACGUAGAGAAACGAAAAUAUAUAGUGAAUAAAAGGGAUAAGAAAUUUUACAAGAUCAACAAACACAUCAACAGAGAGAGAGAGAGAGAGAGAGAGAGAGAGAGACAAGUGAAAGGUUUGUUCUCGACCUGCGGCAGCAUUGAAGGCCCACCUGGACCUUGUCUCCAUCACAAGUCAUGGCAGUAGCAGCUUGGUUCGUCCUGUGUGGCACCUUGCUGGCAUCAUGGGCGGUGGCUGCUGGCGGCGUGACAGACGGAGGGGGUCUGGAGCUGCGGUUGACUGGGCGCGAGGUGCAGGAGGCGGUGGGCGAGGCGGUGGUGCUGGUGCGUGAACAGAUUGAAGCAGUAGAACCUCAUGUCUUCCACAACGGAGGCAAGCUGGGCCCGGAUUCCGCCGCCUACCACUAUUACAGUCUCCUGGGCGGCACGCAAGAUACGAGAACCAUCGCUGCCGUGGCCCUCAUCUCACAGACAGCCACGCACAUUCUAGCCGUCAGACACAAUCUUACAGUGGGCCAAGUGUCGCUUGUCCUGCCCCAGCAUGACACGAUGAAGACAGUGCUGGCUUCCUCCUGUCCCACGCCGCUGCCACCCUCGUCCUGCCCACCCUCAAGGUUCCGGACGCUGGACGGAACAUGCAACAACCCAGACCAGCCGAGGUGGGGAGCUGCCAACACCCCAUACCUCAGACUUCUCCCCGCUUGGUAUGCUGAUGGUGUGUCAUCCCCAAGGGCGUCGCUCUCCGGCCGUCCGUUGCCGCCAGCCUCCCUCGUGUCCGCCACUGCCCAUGCUGGAGGGAUUCGAACCCAUGCCCACGUCUCCCUGUUGGCAGCUGUGUGGGGACAGUAUCUGGCUCACGAUCUGUCACGACCCAUUGUUGGCGAAGGCGUGAGAGGAGAGAGGCUGCGGUGUUGUGGCCCCAGUGAGACCCACCCUGAGUGUUACCCCAUCACAGACCGCGAUAUCUGUUGGGAGUACGCCCGCACCGCCCCAGCCACCACCACCGACUGUGCCCUCGGAGUGCGCGAACAGUUGAAUGGUGCCACGUCCUUCCUCGACGCCUCAGCAGUGUACGGGUCCUCCAAACGAGAGAGUGACGCCCUCAGGCUCUUCGAGAAUGGUCACCUCAAAACACAGGCGGACUGGCUGCUGCCGCGCGCCACUUCUCACACCUGCAAAGACGCCAUGAUGUGCUUCCUUGGUGGUGACCUGCGACUCAACCUCCACGCUGGGCUGGGAGCAUUGCAAACACUGCUGGUUCACGAGCACAAUCGCAUCGCCUCGGCACUGUCGGAGCUCAAUCCGCAGUGGGGUGACGACACUAUAUUUGAGGAAUCACGAGCUAUUGUGUCGGCGCAGCUGCAGCAUAUCACUUACAAGGAGUUCCUGCCAGUCUUUCUGGGCACUAGAGUGGUGGAGGAGAACGAGCUGACGCCUCUUGCCGCUGGUUUCUACCAUGGUUACGACAUCACCAUCGAGCCCGGCGUGUUCAACUCUGUGUCCACGGCGGUGCUGCAGCUGGUGCUGUCUCUGCUGCCAGACCACUUCAGCCUUGGCCACAGUCACGUUCCCCUGGCCAGCACAGCGCUCAACAUGUCGCUGUUGUACAAACCUGGUGCUUACGAGAUGCUGAUGCACGGCCUGGUGUCCACCAACUCGCUGACCUUUGACGCGGCGGUGAGCGGCUCAAUCCGUGGCUACCUCGGCAAUCUGGAUCUCGUGGCGCGAUCUAUACAGGCUGGUAGAGACCACGGCUUGCCGCCAUACGUGGUGUGGCGUCCUUUGUGUGGUCGCCGACCUGCACAUUCCUUCGACGACCUCGCAGACACCAUGCACCCGGAACAAAUAGCACGCUUGCGGAACAUUUACACUGACGUGGCCGACAUUGAUCUGUUUACAGGCGUCAUCUCAGAGCUGCCAGUGGAUGGGGCACUGGUGGGACCCACGGCGUCCUGUCUCCUUGCAUUGCAAUUCAAAGUAUUGCGCCAGACCGAUCGCUACUGGUACGAGAAUGACCUGCCACCCUCCGCCUUCAGCAAAGAGCAACUCUUUGAACUCCGCAAGGCUUCCAUCGCUCGUCUUCUUUGCGACAAUGUGCCGGGACUGGAUGGCGUGCCGCGAGCCACUUUCCUCGCCCGCGAUCAGUUUUUGAAUGCUCCAGUGUCUUGCCGUGAUUUAGAUCACGUCAAUUUGGGUGCCUGGAAGACCCGCGGCAAGGUGGUGGUGGCGGAGGACAUUCUACAUAGUGUGGUUGAGAAAGGCAAGCAGGCAGUAGAGCGACGCCGCCAGAUGGAGAAGCGAAUCUUCGAGAAGGGUCUGGUGGCGGGCUCAAAGUCUCCCGUGGGGUCUGCCUAUGCUAAUAAUAAGCCCAAUCCGACUUCACUAAUCCUGGCCAACACCUCAGUGCUGCUGGAGGCCACCAGUCAGGAGCUCGUCACCAUCAUGCAUGACCGCCGCGUGCGCAGGCAGAUCCAAGGCCUCGGCAAUGAGUUUGACUCCCUUGACCUCGAUCUGGAGUCCGUGGAUAUCUCUGGCUUGGUGCCGCCCGCUCCACUUAUACGCACUUGUCGUGAAACAGAAGAGCACCGUGCCUGUGACGCCCGUAACCGUUACCGCACCAUCAGCGGCCACUGCAACAACCUGCGGCGGCCUGACUUUGGCCGCUCCAGCACGGUGUUCGCACGCAUGCUGCCCGCUGGAUACGACGAUGGUAUUUCGGCGCCUCGAACCAGAUCGGUGUCUGGUGACUCUCUGCCAUCGCCACGCACCAUCUCCACCACCAUUCACAACGAUAUUUCGCACCCACACGCCCGUUACACACUCAUGGUUAUGCAAUUCGGCCAAUUCCUGGACCACGACAUCACCUUCACGCCCGUCAACAAGGGUUUCCAAAACUCCAUCCUAGACUGCCGAGACUGCGAAGCUCAGCAGCGCGUCCAUCCUGAGUGCUGGCCCAUCCCCGUCCCCAACCACGACCCGUACUACCCCGCCGUCAACAUCUCCUCUGGAAGACCUUUCUGCAUUGCAUUUACCAGGUCCCUCCCAGGCCAGCAGACUUUAGGACCCCGCGAACAGAUCAACCAGAACACCGCCUUCCUGGACGCAUCACACAUUUACGGCCAGGAGCUGUGCGAGGGGCGGGAACUGAGAGCAGACCAAACUGGAUUCCUUAACGUCACCAGACACCCCAUUCGCGGAAAACCUCUCCUUCCACAGGAGACUGGCAACCCGGAAUGCAAGGCAGACUCUGGACGGUGCUUCAAGGCGGGGGAUUCCAGGUCCUCAGAGCAGCCAGGGCUUGCAGUCGUGCACACCAUCUGGAUGAGAGAACACAACAGGAUCGCCGAGGGACUGUCAGCGAUCAACGCCCACUGGGAUGACGAGCGUGUGUACCAGGAGGCUCGGCGCAUCGUCACCGCGGAAUGGCAACACGUGGUUUACAAUGAGUUCCUACCUCGAGUUUUGGGCUGGAACGCAAUGCAACUGUACUCGCUCAGACUCAAGACGGAGGGUUACUAUGGAGAAUAUGACGGCAAUUGCAACCCUGGAAUCCUUAAUGAGUUCGCCACAGCCGCCUUCAGGUUCGGUCACUCACUCAUCCGCAACUCCCUACGACGGAUGGACUCCUCCUUCAGCAGCAACCACGCCGGCGUCAGUCUGAGAAACACCUUCUUCAACCCCGACAUGCUCCUCGAGUUCCAAAUGAUUGACGAGUUAGUACGAGGUCUCAUCUCUACCCCCAUGGAAACCCUUGAUAAUUUCCUGACGGAGGAGAUCACUAACCAUCUCUUCGAGGACGCCACAGUGCCUUUCUCCGGCCUCGAUCUGGCUGCGCUCAACAUCCAGCGAGGAAGAGAACACGGUAUCAGGUCUUACAAUGAGUACCGCGCCGUCUGUAACCUGAAGAGAGCGAGAACCUUCCAAGAUCUGAGCCGAGAGAUUAAGCCAGAAUUGAUUGACAAGUUACAGCGGGUGUACCAGAGUGUAGACGAUAUCGAUUUGUUCACGGGCGGGCUGUGUGAGACGCCGCCAGGAGGCAUCAUCGGACCCACCUUCGGCUGUAUUAUUGGCCUUCAGUUCUCCUUCCUCAGAAAGUGCGACCGAUUCUGGUAUGAGACAUCCAACCCACACCUUCGCUUCAACGAGGAACAACUUGCUGACAUCCGUAAGGUGACCAUGGCCUCGAUGAUCUGUCAGAACUGCGACGUGGUGGAGCAGAUUCAGAGGGGCGUCUUCGAUAUGCCUCAUGACUUCCUGAACCUCGUGUGCCAUGUGCCGCUGUGUCCAAUGUGAACCUUCAGCUGUGGCGGGACACAAGCACUUGUGUCAUAGGGAACGAGGCGGUGGGGGUGGGCGUGGCGCGCACCCCCACGCCCUGCACACUCUGCACCUGCACGCCCUCGGGUCCUCAGUGCCAGACGCUGAAGGUCAA